AUGAACAAAGGCUGUUAUACCUGCCGUCGCCGCCGCAUCAUCUGCGACAAUGGCCUCCCCACUUGUCGAAAGUGUCGGAAUGCGGGGAAGGAGUGUCUGGGAUAUCAGAAGCCCCUUGUCUGGGUCAAGGGCGGUGUUGCAAGUCGUGGAAAGAUGAUGGGCCGCAGCUUCGACGAUAUUAGGAGUAAUUCGACGGUUGGGAGGGUCGAUGCGCAUCAUCCAAAAACCAGUUUGGCGGAUAGUGCGAUGCUACCGUCGGCCGCGGGGACUUUUAGUCAGUUCGGAAUAGAGAAAUCUGUGACAGUCAGUCCCGAUGAAACAUCGAGUAUAUUACACGAUCAGUCUAUGGUGGAGAGCACGGGCACCACUACUGGCUGUCUGGCCUCCUCCAUCCAGCAUAAUCCUGCGCCAGCUGAAUAUGUCCCCACGCCUCGAGUACUGGUGGAUCCUUUGUUCAAAGAUCUCAGUCCGCUGUCAAGAUUCUAUCUAUCUCAUUUCAAUCAGCACCUGGUGAACUACCUUGCCUUGUACUCCAAUGUCAGGAAUCCGUACCGCGACCUAACAUCCUUGGUUGGCGAAUCGCGCGUCCUCACACAUGCUCUCGCUGCCACCGGAGCUUUGCAUUAUGCGAUCUUGACCAAUCCGGAGCUGUCUCUGCCCUGGUCUUCGGACGCUAUGGAGGAAGCUGGGACGGCUCUGUCUUCAGAAGAGAUGGAGCGCUCUGUGAUCAACUCUAUGGCUAAGCGUCCAUCCUCGCAGGUUUACGAACAAUUUCUGGGCUUCAAACAGCAUGCCCUUCGCCAACUCUCCCUAGAUCUAUGUGACCCCGUUAUGCGAAACGACAACCGGACACUGGCGGCCAUCAUGGUUCUUGCGCUCAUGGACGCCAUCGAAUCAGGAGGUGGCGCAUGGAAAUACCACCUGGAAGGGGCAAAGAAGCUGUUGAAGCAUCGGGAGCAGUCAAAGGCUCCAACUCAGACCCAGGGGAUGAUGGAUUGGCUAGAUACAUUUGCGAUUGACGGUUGCCUCCUAAUCCAACUGAUGGGGUCGACCCUCGCGCGGCCCGGCUCCCUCACUCAACCGUUCUACACCUCCAGCAUGGGUUCAGCGGUGCUCAAACGUCUAGAAGAGACCUCAUGGGUUGGAUGCCCCGCCUACCUCCUCGAAGUCAUCUUCUUCGUCCAGGCGGACCGAUUCGCAGAACCAGACACAGGCCUCAACGCACACCCCAACAACAUGUCCUUCUCCUCCGCCUUCCUUCCCUCCGAAUCCAACCCGCUCCGAUCCCCCGACGCCCUCCUCCACCACAUUCAAGUCUUCGACCCCGUCGCCUGGGCCGAGGCCAUGCAAACCUGCCUCUACCUCGAUGACCUCUCCAUGCGCAUCGCCCUGGCAACUAUCUACAAGGCCGCCGUCUACCUCUACGCCAGCCGCGUCCUCUCCCGCCCACGCUCCGAUCCCACCUCCCCAACCGCACACCCCUUCUCCACCGCAUUCCACCUACCUCAAGACCACGCCGCCGUCACAAACAUCCUCAUCCGCCAGAUCGCACUCAUCCCCGUCGCAGAUCCGCACUUCAAAUGCCUUAUCUGGCCCACCUUCAUCGCCGGCGCGGAAUGCAGGGACCCCGCGCACCGCCCCUUCCUGCUCGGCAAGCUCCGCUCUCUCUACUACGACAUCACAAGCGUCAAUGUCCGCAACGCCGCGUGGGUGCUGAGUCUCAUGUGGCGGAAGCGUGAUCACCGGCGCCAGGAGCGGAAUCGGCGGCGCGCGGAGCUGGACGAGCUCAUGGAUGAGUCGCCGCGUUCGCCCUUGACGACUGAUUAUGAUGAUGACGAUUUUGAUUGGAUCCAGGAACUGGAUGAUUCACGGGUCGAUUGGUUGUUCAUAUAG